AUGGACACACAGUAUUUACCUCGAACCGCCAAAUUCAAUCGGUGGUUCCGCACCGCAACACCGCACCUUUCCCGAGUGCUGCUUGUUGCUCUGUGCAAUGGUUUCAGCUCCACUCUUGGCGGUGCAUACAAAGUUGAGCAUAAAAACUCCUCGUCCUUGAACGACCGAUUCGCCCAGAGCUCCUCAUUCCUGGGAUACUACACAGUGAGUGACAGGAUCUACACGAACACGGUAAGGCAGGACUAA